AUGGAGACCGACGCUCUCGCACGGGCAGAGCAGAGGGUGGAGACCGACGCUCUCGCACGGGCAGAGCAGAGGGUGGAGACCGACGCUCUCGCGCUGGCAGAGCAGAGGGUGGAGACCGACGCUCUCGCGCUGGCAGAGCAGAGGGAGGAGACCGUCGGUCUCGCGCUGGCAGAGCAGAGGGAGGGGAUCAGCGGCUUCACGCUAGCAGAGCAGAGGAAGGGGACCAGCGGCCUACCCCGCCUCCAGAGCAGAAGGAAGUCACACCAGCGGCCUCCUUUGCCUGCAGAGCACAGUACACAAAACAUCCCCAAGAAGGCCGAUCCCACGCACGCAUUGCUGCAGCACACAAGCGCCCUCAAGAAGGACGAGACCGGCCACGCAUCGCUGCAGCGCACAAGUGGCCCCAAGAAGGACGAGACCGCCCACGCAUCGCUGCAGCGCACAAUGGUGGUCAGUUUAGGUGGUGGGUAG